AUGGCAUCUAUUCGGGCGGACUUCGUGGUGGACCCUGGCAUGGCAAAGACCAAGACGUACAAUGCCAAGACUGGGAUGGACGCCCUCGUGAUCACGCCAGUCAGUCAGGCGAACGCCCGCCAGCGGGCAGGGCGCGCGGGACGCACGGGGCCGGGCAAGUGCUACCGCUUGUACACCGAGGGCGCCUAUAGGAAUGAGAUGUUGCCCACCUCCGUUCCAGAGAUCCAGCGGACGAACCUGGCGAACGUCGUGCUGCUCCUGAAGGCCAUGGGCGUCAACGACAUGCUGUCGUUUGACUUUAUGGACCCCCCGCCUGUGGAGACGCUGAUCAAUGCGAUGGAGAACCUGUGGACCCUAGGGGCGCUGGACGACGAAGGUCUCAUGACGAAGCUGGGGAGGAAG